GUAUCUCAAGGGACAACUGGCACAAGCGCCGCAAGACUGGUGGCAAAAGGAAGCCUUAUCACAAAAAGAGAAAGUAUGAACUUGGCCGUCCUGCUGCAAACACCAAGAUUGGUCCUCGCCGUAUCCACACUGUGAGAGUCCGCGGUGGUAACAAAAAGUAUCGUGCUCUGAGGUUGGAUGCUGGCAACUUUUCAUGGGGUUCAGAGUGUUGCACACGUAAAACUAGGAUCAUUGAUGUGGUGUACAAUGCGUCAAACAAUGAGCUGGUUCGAACCAAAACCCUUGUGAAGAACUGCAUUGUCCUGGUUGACAGCACUCCUUACAGACAGUGGUUUGAGGCCCACUAUGCUCUCCCACUAGGACGCAAGAAGGGAGCUAAACUCACCCCUGAAGAGGAAGAAAUCCUAAACAAGAAACGAUCUAAGAAAACACAGAAGAAAUAUGAGGAGAGGAAAAAGACAGCAAAAAUAAGCCCACUUUUGGAAGAACAGUUCCAGCAAGGCAAACUGCUUGCAUGCAUAGCCUCCAGACCGGGACAGUGUGGUAGAGCUGAUGGUUAUGUACUGGAAGGGAAGGAGUUGGAGUUCUACCUGAGAAAGAUCAAGGCCAAAAAGGGGAAAUAAACAUGUUACCACACUUAUCAUCAAAUAAAUGUUAUUAAAACAAGCUUUUAAA